UGUUAUUUGUGUUUCGUUCCAUUUACAGAGGAACACAUAUUUGGGCGCCAAUUCAUUUCCCACAGAGGAAAAAUAUUACAAUUGGGUUUGCUUACAUGUUUGUUUAAAAUGUCAAAACAAAAGUCAAUAACAUCGUUCUUUAGACCGGUAAAUGCAAUUGCAGAGAAAGAAUCUCCAAAAUGUGAAAUUAAAAAGGAUUCACCAAAAAAGGUCGAGGAAACCACCAAAACUGAAGUAAAAGAUGAAUUAAUGGAUACAUCAGUGGGUUCUCAAGCAAAUACCACCGCAGAGAGUCCAAAAAGCAAAUCUGAGCAAACUAAAGAGAAUCGUAAUAUGAUAAAAAUAUCUGAUGGCAUUGCUGAAGACCAGUGCGACAGUGCAGACUAUAAUCCUGCGAAAAAUGAUUACGAUCCAAUUAAAGAUGCUUUUUGGAAAAAAGAUAAGAGCACUCCUUACCUAGCUCUGGCACAAACGUUUGAAGCAAUUGAAAAUACACGAUCUCGUCUUAAAAUGAUAGAUAUACUCGGUAAUUUUUUCUAUUCAGUAUUGGUAAUGAAUCCAGAAGAUCUAUUGCCAUCUGUGUACUUAAGUGUUAACGGGAUAGCACCGGCUUAUGAAGGUAUGGAACUUGGAGUUGCAGAAACUACUUUAAUGAAAGUUAUUUGUAAGGCUACUGGUCGUGAACUUAAGCACAUUAAAGCGCAAACCUUUAGUACUGGAGACUUAGGGAUUGUUGCCGAACAAUCAAGAGUGGCUCAGCGACGACUUUUUCAACCGGCGCCUUUGACCAUUAAAAAUGUUUUUAAUAAAUUGAAAACAAUUGCAGCCACACAAGGAAAGGCCAAAAGCGAUAUAAUACAGGAAGUUUUCAUAGCCUGUCGUAAUUCUGAAGCUCGAUUUUUUAUACGUUCAUUAAUUGGAAAAUUGCGAAUUGGAAUUGCAGAACAAAGUUUGGUAAAUGCUUUGGCAACUGCGGUGGUCAAAUCACAAUUGCGUGCUGCGAAUAAAUCUAUACCCAGUGAAACCGUUCUAAAGAAAAAGAUAGACGAUACAGCUUUAGUUUUACGAACUGCAUUCUGUCAGUGUCCCAAUUAUGAUAUCAUCAUAGGAGCAUUGCUUAAGCACGGUGUUGAUGAGUUGUUGGAACAUUGUACAAUGCGUCCAGGCAUACCUAUUAAACCCAUGUUGGCACAGCCAACAAAAAGUAUACAUGAAGUAAUUGAUCGCCUGGAAGGCAUGACUAUAACAUGCGAAUGGAAAUAUGAUGGAGAACGUGCCCAAAUACAUUGCAAUGAUAAAAAAGUGGUCAACAUAUUCUCACGGAAUCAAGAAAAUAACACUGAUAAAUAUCCUGAUGUUAUUUCACGUGUGGAUAAAUUUGUUGGUGAUGACGUGCGCUCAUUUAUCAUUGAUAGUGAAGUCGUUGCUUGGGAUAAUGACAAGAAGCAAAUUUUACCAUUUCAAAUUCUUAGUACACGCAAGAGAAAGAGAGUGGAAGUGGAAGAUAUUAAGGUGCAAGUUUGUGCAUAUGUCUUCGAUUUACUUUAUUUGAAUGGCAAAUCACUAGUGACGGAAACGUUUGAAACACGAAGAGGUUUAAUGCGAGAACAUUUUAAAGAAGUUGAAGGCAUUUGGAAAUUCGCAACAGCCUAUGAUACCAAUGACAUAAAUGAAAUACAACAGUUUCUUUCAGAAUCUGUUAAAGGUAACUGUGAAGGUUUAAUGGUGAAAACUUUAGAUAAAGAAGCCACAUAUGAAAUAGCUAAACGUUCACGCAAUUGGCUUAAAUUGAAAAAGGAUUAUCUAGAUGGAGCUGGUGAUUCCUUAGAUUUAGUAGUCAUUGGUGGCUUUAAGGGCAAAGGCAAAAGAACGGGUAUAUAUGGCGGUUUUCUACUGGCUUGUUAUGACAAAGAUAAUGAAGAAUAUCAAAGUAUAUGUAAGAUCGGAACAGGUUUCACGGAAGAAGAUUUAAAAAUGCAUGCAGAUUUCUUUAAAGAUCAUGUCAUAAAAACAUCAAAAUUAUAUUACCAAUAUGAUAAUAGCUUAGCGCCAGAUGAUUGGUUUGAGCCUGUUCAAGUUUGGGAAGUUAAAUGUGCCGAUCUUUCACUUAGUCCCGUGCACAAAGCUGCAAUUGGUAUGCUUGAUCCUGAGAAAGGAAUAUCAUUGCGAUUUCCACGAUUUAUACGUAUCAGAGAUGAUAAAUCACCAGAAGACGCCACUUCUGCUCAACAAGUUGCUGAUAUGUACUCAUCACAAGAUCAAAUAAAAAAUCAACAGAACGCAGGAGAAGAAGCUAGUGAAUUUUACGAUGAUUUUUAGUUUUAUUUUUAUUUAUUAUAAUAUCUAUUAAAUUUAAAUUAGAUUAUUUCUAUUCAGUUGUGUACACCAUGUGGUAGAUAUAUAGAGAGAUGCAUGUACUCUAUUAUACGCUUGAAAAGGGUAUUAAUGUUGAUAUUUAAAUUAUGCUUAUUACUUAAAUAAGUUCUUAAAAUG